UCUCCUGACCUGUUGAAGCCACAGUCUUCUUCCUCUUCUUUUGUUCAUCGUCGGCGUCGCCAGUGCCUGUUGAAGAAGCUUAGGCGAUCUUUUGUGUGAUUCGGUCCUUUCUUUGGUUCAGUGUCUUCUUCCUUCCCCUCUUCUCCGUCGCCGCUUUUCCUUCUCCUCAGGUGUGUGAUAAGGUGAAUUUUCUUUAGCUUCAAUAAAAGAUGGCUAGAUGGGAUGCAAUUCUUUCUCUUCCUGUACAAAAUCCUCCUACACUGGAGUUUUCUUCUGUUGAUCUAGUAUGGUCAAAAGUUGAAGGUUGGCAUGACAAAUUAGACAGAGUAGCUUUAAUCCCAUUUGCUAGAGUUGAUGAUUUUGUUCGGGGUGAAUCCUCCAACAAAGAUUGUCCCACACGAUUUCAUGUUGAAGCCAGACGUAGGAGGCCUGCAUCAAUGUCUUACAAGCCAAAGGUUGACGGCAUACUAGAAUAUAUUCUGUAUUGGUGUUCCUUUGGUCCCGAUGACCACAGGAAGGGUGGCAUUGUACGGCCCAGUCGGAGUACUUAUGUUCCAAAGAAAAAAAAUGCUGGUCGACCAAAUACCAAAAGGGGAUGCACAUGUCACUUUAUUGUGAAACGCCUGAUAGCUGAACCAUCAGUUGCCCUUAUCAUUUUUAAUGAUGAUAAGCAUGUGGAUAAAAAGGGGUUGCCAUGCCAUGGUCCUCAGGACAAGAUGGCUGCUGGAACACGUGCUAUGUUUGCUCCGUACAUCUCAGAAGAUCUUAGACUUCGUGUGUUAUCUCUUCUAUAUGUUGGUGUCUCUGUGGAGACCAUUAUGCAGAGGCAUAAUGAAACAGUGGAGAGACAAGGCGGUCCAUCUAACCGUGAUGACCUUUUAACCCAUCGUUAUGUUCGACGGCAAGAGCGGGCAAUACGUCGGUCUACAUAUGAACUUGAUCCUGAUGAUGCUGUCAGUAUCAGCAUGUGGGUUGAAAGCCACCAGAGUCAUGUAUUCUUUUAUGAAGAUUUCUCUGAUUCAGACCCUUUCACUUUAGGCAUUCAAACUGAGUGGCAGUUGCAACAAAUGAUUAGAUUUGGAAACCGUAGUCUCCUUGUCUCAGAUUCAAAAUUUGGUACCAACAAAUUGAAGUACCCCAUUCACAGUCUUCUAGUAUUCAACUCUGACAAGAAGGCCAUACCAGUGGCUUGGAUAAUAAUGCCAAGAUUUUCAAGUUUGGAUUCACAUAGAUGGAUGAGAGCCCUUUAUAAUAGGGUCCAUACUAAAGAUCCUACGUGGAGGUUGGCUGGCUUUAUAGUAGAUGAUCCUCUAUGUGAUAUCCUUGCGAUCAGGGAUGUUUUUCAGUGUUCAGUAUUGGUAAGCUUCUGGAGGAUUCGUCAUGCAUUGCAUAAAAACAUUAUGAAGAAGUGUUUGGAUACUGGGAUGCAAGCUGAAAUGUCAAGACGCCUUGGACAAAUAGUGGACAAAAUAUGCCGGGGCCAGGGAACAGUGGUCCUCUUUGAAGAUUUUAUUGAAGAUUUUGUUGAUGAAUCAGAUUUUAUGGAUUAUUUUAAGGCUACUUGGUAUCCCAGAAUAGGGAGGUGGACCAGUGCACUAAAAACUCUUCCUCUUGCCAGCCAUGAGACUUGUGCAGCGAUAGAAUUUUACCACAACCAACUGAAGAUUAGACUGUUGAAUGAGAAAAACAUCAGUGUUUAUCAGCGUGCUGAUUGGUUAGUUGACAAGUUGGGUACCAAAGUUCAUUCUUAUUUUUGGCUUGAUGAAUAUACGGGAAAAGAUGAUUUUGCACGAUAUUGGAAAAAUGAAUGGGCAAGCGGUUUAACAUCAUGGCGCAAAACACUGAAGAUACAAGAUUCUGAUGUUGUCAUGGAUGAUGGAUGUGCUAAGGUUAUUGAUCAACUCGAUCAAGAUAAAGUUCAUGUUGUCUGGAAUCCUGGUUCUAUGUUUGGAAUUUGUAAUUGUGAUUGGGCACAAGAAGGCAACCUUUGUGAGCACAUCUUAAAAGUUAUUAGUUUUUGUCAGAAGAAAAGGUCUAUUCUUCCAUCUAUCAGCUUAUUUCAGUACCACCAGGCGUUAAUAGACAUGCUGCACUGUCCACCCUAUGAUUCUUUGAUUCGUGAUCAUGCUGUGUCAUUGGCAGUUUCUGUUCAGAAGCAAUUAAAUAUGCUGCUUGAUUCAGAAAGCCGCCAGAAUGUUAUGGAUCCUCCUGGUGAGAAACACACCAUUCAUCACACCAAUCAACUAACAUCCAGUUUAGAAACAUUGUUGGGCCGGAUGAGACAAAGAAAUGAUGCUUCAUCUCGUGAAGGUGACGGUUCUGCAGAAGGAAGUGAAGCUCCUGGAUUACUAAAUGUUGGUUCGGGAGAUCAGGUUAUUGGUGAUGGACAAGGCACGUUACCGGCUGAUAUGGAUGUCGACCCAUCGAGGAUUUGUGUUUCGCCAAUCCCACCAGGUUUGUACUCUGUUGAUGAGGCUGUCGUGAGUAACAUGUUGCCACUGGACAGAGAGGGGGCUCUGACUCCUACAGGGAGUGAGAUGUCUUCUUCCAGAAAUGGUGCUUCUUGUGGAUCACCAACGGAGACUAUAAAGCAUUGUAGCCAGCAGAACACUGCCAAUGGUACGUCCACAGUUAUGUCUCAUGCUGUAGAUUCUGAUAUUCACUUGAACAAGAGAUCCCACUUGAUAUCGGUGGAUACUGAACCACCAGUGGUUAAUGUAGUUGAAAAUGAAAACCCAGAGAACAUGGAUGUUGAUAUGAGACCAAAUAAUACAUGACCAUUUGGCAUGAGGAGCUAUUAUCAAUUUCUUAAA